ACAAUUUGGAUUGAAUUGGAAGCUCUUCCCAAGAUUCCAUUUUCCCACAUCCUACAACAGAAAAGAAACGAAAAGAGCAAAAGCGAAGAGACACGAUGAUAUGUUCCUCCUCAACCUUAAACCUCCCAAAUCUCCGUCAAAAGUCAACGUCGAGGUGUCUCCUCGAACCCAAGGCCAAUCCUUCCCCGCCAAUUAAUUGUACGGCUCCGGCUGAGACGCCGCCGCCUCGAAGAAUAAAAACCAGCCCUCAAUUAAACCGGUGGUCCAGAGCUCGCUCCGUCCGGUCCGGCCUGAAACUUGAUCGUCUGGCUUUCAAGGACGGCGUUGGAACAAAAUCGAGGCUCGAUUCUCCUGGCCGGAAUGUCGAGGAUAGUGAAGUGGGCGCGGUGCCGGAAUCUCCGGCGAAGGAGAGUGACGGAGUGAACGAAACGGACGUUAAUUGGGGAAAGGCAAUAUACAUGGUUUCUGACGGGACCGGUUGGACGUUGGAGCAUGCCGUUAACGCGGCGUUGGGGCAGUUUGAGUAUUGCUUGGUGGAUCGGGUUUGCCCCGUGAAUACCCACUUGUUCUCCGGGAUUGAUGAUCUUGAGCGGUUAAUGGAGGUGAUAAAGCAAGCAGCCAGAGAAGGAGCGAUGGUCGUCUACACUCUAGCUGACCCUUCCAUGGCUGAGUCAGCCAGACAAGCAUGCAACCUUUGGGGUGUGCCAUCCACUGAUAUAUUGAGCCCAAUUACUGAGGCGGUUGCAUCCCAUUUAGGUGUUUCGCCUUCUGGCCUCUCCCGAUGGGCUCCUGGCAGGAGUAGUUCUCUCGGUGAGGAAUACUUCAAAAGAAUUGAAGCAAUUGAGUUCACGAUAAAGCAAGACGAUGGGGCCUUGCCUAAGAACCUGCAUAGUGCUGAUCUCGUUCUUGCUGGUGUUUCCCGCACUGGGAAAACACCACUGUCUAUAUAUCUAGCCCAGAAGGGCUACAAAGUGGCAAAUGUACCAAUUGUGAUGGGCGUAGCGUUGCCCAGGACUCUUUUUGAAGUUGAUCCAGAGAAGGUUUUUGCUCUCACUAUAAAUCACGUUGUCCUGCAAACGAUCAGAAGAGCAAGAGCAAAGAGCUUGGGUUUUGGUGACGAUUUAAGAAGCAACUAUUCUGAAAUGGAUUAUGUCAAAGGAGAACUGGAAUUCGCUGGGAAGAUCUUUGCUCAGAAUCCUAUUUGGCCAGUCAUAGAAGUAACUGGGAAAGCAAUUGAAGAAACCGCAGCAGUUGUGCUAAGGCUUUAUCAUGACAGAAAGAAUCGGUGCUCAAUGCCAAGAAUUUCUAAGCUCUACUAAGUUCUUCUCAAACAAUCUCGGAUUACAUGUUUCGUGCUCAAAUUAUGAGAACCAUACAAGAAAUGAAGUCACAUUCGGGUAGAUAAUAAAUAAAAAAACCAGGAAAGUUUCCUGAACUCGACUCAUCAAGAAGUUCAAAUUCUAAUGCUACUGUAUAUAGACAUUGUGUAAA